AUGGCUCAAAGGCUGAAGCCGUUCUGGGCUGAGGUGGAAAGGGGGGACAGGGGAUCCGGGACAGCUCAGUGGUUCCCUAAGCCCCCAGGCCACGAAGGAGAAGGCAUAGCGGGGCCCAGGUUCCUGCACAACCACAACGCGGGCACGCAGCAGACGCCCGGGAACCGCGAGCGCGACGUCCACGUUCUCCCGCACCUCCAGGCCACGCUCUCCCUCGAGGUGGCAGGGGGCCCGGCCCCGGCCCCGCCCCCGGGCCAGGCAGCCCCCAACUCCCAGACUUUUCUCCUGGUGCAGACCGCCCAGGGCCUCCAGCUGAUCCCCAGCAGCGUCCAACCCCCUACGCCCCCGCCCCCACCGGCUCCCCCCAAGCUCAUCCUGCUACCCUCUUCCAGUACUGCUGCUGGGAGCAGCCGCGGAAGGCAGGGCCCACGGGCCGCAGGGAAAUCGGGUCAGGGGCCUGGAGUAGUGUGGCUGCCAGGUCCUGGGGGACUGGGGGUUCAGGGAGGGGGCAACGCAGGGGCCAGCGGGGGAGGGCAGAGCCUCAUCGUUCUACAGAAUGUAGGGGGUGGGGAGGCAGGGGCCCAGGAAGUGGGCGGGGUCCAGCUGCAGCCCCUCCGGCCAGCCCCCGAAGUGACCACUGUUCAGCUCCAGCCGGCCCAGGAGGUGACCACGGUCCAGCUCCAGCCGGCUCAGGAAGUGACCACCGUCCAGCUCCAGCCUGUGGCAGGCCCGCUGUCCAAUCCCAGCGGGGGAGCUGUGACCACUGAGGCCCCCAAUCUGCUGGUGGUUCAGAGUGGAACAGCCGAGGAGCUGCUGGCCGGUCCCGGCCCGGGGGAGCCGGGUGAUGGUGAGGCCAGUAGUGGUGUCGUCCAGGAUGUGCUCUUUGAGACGCUGCAGACAGACGAGGGGUUGCAGAGCGUCCUGGUGCUGAGCGGGGCCGAUGGGGAGCAGACCCAGCUGUGUGUGCAGGAGGUGGAGACCCUCCCCCCUGGGCUGGCCGAGCCUCCUGCCCCAGGCCCACCGGGACAGAAACUGCUCAUCAUCCGCAGUGCGCCAGCCGCCGAACUGCUCGAGAAUAGCAGCGGUGGGGGAGGCGCUGCCACGCUGCAGCUCCUGACCCCACCACCACCUGGCCAAGCCUCUGCCCCAGUGGGCAUCUCCGCGGCUCCCCCCUCCCAGAUGGUACAAGUGGUGCCCACCGGCGCUGCACCUGGAGGCAUGACCCCGCAGGGGCUGCCCUCCAUCCAGAUUGUCCAGACUCUGCCCGCAGUCCAGCUGGUGCACACAUUUUGAGUAGAACCCCUGGGUUCUCUUCUGCCCGACACAGAGACCCGGACUCACUGCUUGGGCUGGGCUAGGCUGGGGGGUGGG